GGUCCCCGUGGAAGGUUGAGGUGAUGGCGGGACCGGCGGGCGGGGGCGGGGAACCCACCCGGCUGAUCCCCGCGCGGGUGCCGGCCGUCUUCGAGAUAGCCACCGCGCCUGGGACAGCCACCUUCAACAAAAAUGAAGUGGGGGUCUCGGUGACUGCCCCGUCUCGGAGACCCGUGACCGCUCGAGUGCUCGACGUGGCUGAGCGGCCAGGAGUCUUCCGCAUCGAGUUCACGCCCGAAGAAGUCGGAACACACUUGAUCGAUGUUUCAAUAGCAGAGGACAAAUUGGCCGCCGGGCCACUCGUUGCCAAAGUAUACGACGCAAGUCUAAUCAAAGUCACAGAUGUCGGAAAUGCCGUUGUAGGACAACAGUCACAAUUCAGAGUGGAUGCCAGUGCAGCUGGUGAAGGUCAACUUGAAAUCUCUAUAAACGAGGGAGAAGUGCCAAAUCAUGUACAGGUUGUCGGGGGUGGUCGGUGUCUAGUCUUUUGGCGGCCUGAAACGCCAACGCCUCACCGAGUAGAUAUAAAAUUCAACGGGGAGCCGGUGCCCUCGUCACCAUUCGUGUUCCACGUGGCGCCUGCGCAGAGAGUCACUAUAGAUACGUCACAAGUUGAGUUAAUACCGGUGGGUGAAGUAGCAUCAUGUUCGGUGCGCGUGGAAGGCUCUGGGGGCGGCGAAUUAGCAGUGAUUGUACGCGGGCCUCGGGGCGAAGUGCCCGUGAGACUUACUGGAGACGUCGUCAGCGGUCUGGUGGCCAGCUUCACUCCGAGAAAUGUCGGCCCGCACGUACUCACGGCGCAUUACAACAACCAACCAGUACCGGGCACCCCAUUCACAUGCAAGGCUUAUGAUGGAAAGCUUGUUAGUGUUACCGGAGGGUCAUCUGCUCGAGUUGGUGUGCCAGUGCAACUUGCAGUUGAUGCUGCACAAGCUGGAGAAGGCAAUCUAGAAAUCACAGUUGCAGCGAGAGGACUAAAUAUACCUACACAAGUCCAUCCCCAGGGCAAUGCAAGAUUUAAUGUAUCAUUCACACCAACAGAAGCUUGUGACCAUGUCGUAAAUGUUUCAUUCAAUAAGAUGCGUGUGCCCGGCUGUCCACUCAUCAUCGAAGUGUCAGAAGGUAGUGGCAUCGGUGCUCGCGUCACCCUCCCCGGCCCGGUGCCACUGCACCAACCGGCUUCACUCACACUUCACCAUCCCACUGCCACACUUGACCAAAUAGAAGUUAACGUUGAAGGUCCGAACGGGGCUUCGGUACCGGCGGCGGUUUCCUCCGCUGGGCCGGCGGUGUUCCGCGCCGAGUUCGUGCCCAAAGCUGUGGGUGAACACCGGCUGAAUGUACUCGUCGACUCUGUGCCUAUACCUGCCAGUCCUUUCCAUCUAAAGCAAUCACGAGAGAAGUAUUUGAAACAGUACGAUAUAUUUAACAUGUGGCGACUAGCUAAAGGAGCAAAAACUUUCUCCGAAAACGUUUUGCUGGCAUAUUUUAUAGAAUUAUCUGAGACCAAGAAAGCAAGCACGCUAUGGAGUACGUAUUCAAUGCUAAAAUUAACAAUUAAGAUGAAGAAAGACGUUCAUAUCGACACCUAUCAUAAAUUAGUGGCAUUUUUAAAAAGAGCCUCAUCUGGUUAUAAACCAAAAAAAUCGAAGGUUUUCACAGCAUCUGAAAUUGCAAAGUUUAUUAAUGAAGCACCUGAUUCCGUAUAUUUAGCGGCAAAAGUUGUUCUUAUUAUUGGUAUAACCGGAGCAUGUCGAAUAAAUGAACUUACACUACUUAAUGUCAAUAACGUAUCAAAAUAUUCUCAUAAUUCUGAUGAAUUGCUAUUAAUUAAUGUACUAAAUACCAAGACAAAAAAAGACCGCAACUUCGUUAUUCGCAAGGAAUAUGUAAACAUUGUUCAGAAAUAUCAAGCUUUACGUCCUUCUAACACCCCAAUUGAACGAUUUUUUCUACAAUAUCGCAACGGAAAGUGUAUCCGACAACCUAUGGGUCAGAAUAAAAUUGGCAGUAUUCCACGAGAAAUAGCAACUUUUCUCGGACUUUUAGAACCCCCGUUAUACACCGGUCACUGUUUUAGAAGAACCUCAGCCACACUUUUGGCCGAAUCAGGGGCUGAUCUUCUAUCGCUUAAGCGCCAUGGAGGCUGGAAGUCUAAUUCGGUUGUAGAGGGAUACAUAGAGGAUUCAAUCCAAAGUAAAUCAAAAAUUUGUAAUAGUAUCGUGGAGGCCAUAACGCUGAAAGAACCUCUGUCAGAUUCUUGGUCUCGCCCUUCUACAUCUAAAAUGAGCCCCCAUAAGAUUGGAAACAAUAGCCCUCUCUCGCCAACAUUUACGCCAAUAGAAUCCAAUGAAUCGGCACAACUAUUUAAAAUUACUGAUACGAGUAGUUUACCACAAAACAGCGCACAAUUCACAAACACCAACAUAACAUUACCUAACAAAAAUAUUAAACUUAACAUAAUGGAGACAAUGGCAGCCGGUCCAGGAAACUUGGAAGUGACUGUGAAUGGGGGCAGGGUGCCCACAGCGGCGGCCGCUCAAGGCGCCCAUACUUACGCUAUCAGCUUCACACCGCGAGACCCGAGACCCCAUACUGUUGAACUACGGUUUAACGGAGACCAUGUGCCGGGCAGUCCUUUCGUAUGUCACGUGUCCGCCCCAGCGCGGGUCAUAGGCGCCGGAUCGGGGGAAUCCCCCGACAAAGUGUCGGUCGGAGAUGCCUACACAUUCAGCGUUGAUUCUCCUACCUCGCCUCAUGUAGAAGUGCUGGGGCCAGCAAGACGACCAGUACCUGUUCAAGUAUCAGCAGAAGAGACAAUAGGAGAAAACGAAGCCAGCAAGCGUUAUACCAUAUCUUUUGUGCCAGUUGACGUUGGAGACCACAGCAUAGAGGAUAAAAACUACCAUAACUGUGCUUUCCCGGUACUCAAACUAUCUCUUUACCAAAUGUCAUCUAAAUCGAUUCAGCAGUUUGAGCGUGAAGAAGUAACAGACAGGCACACUAUCGCAUUUAUAAUAUUAGAAUGGAAUAUGGAUACUGAGCUACUGAGGAAGGUUCGCGCUGGUGCAAUGGGCGGGCACGUGGAAGGCAGUCCGUUCCUAGUGAAGGCAUAUAGCGCGGCACGAGUCGCAGUUACAGAUAUUUCACCUGGAGUUGUUGGAAGACCAGUUUCUUUCACUAUCAACGCUUCACAUGCUGGUGCCGGAAACUUGGAGAUCAUAGUUGCCGUUAACGGAAGAAACGUGCCAAAUUAUGUGCAGAGCGAAGGCAACGCUAGAUUCAAGGUGAACUUCAAGCCCGUAGAAGCGGCGCCGCACACGCUAUCCGUUCGGUUCAACGGUCAUGCGGUGCCCGGAUCGCCGUUCACUUGCCCCGUGACGUCACCGGUCGCGGCCUCUGAGGCGCGCGCCACCGGCCCCGGUCUCGCCUCCACACCAAGGGGGGAGCCGGCCGAUAUACAACUUAAUGGAUUCCAUUCGGGCGAAGCAGCGGUCUACGUGACGGGGCCGGGUGGUACCAACGUGAGGGCUCGCAUAAAUGCCAUCGGCGAUGGUCAAUACACAGCCACUUUUACCCCCGAAGCCGUGGGGCGACAUAGCGUCCAAGUCACUUGUGGAGGACGCCCUGUGCCCGGCUCACCCUUCACUUGCAAUGUGUAUGACGUCAGAAGAGUGAGAGUCACUGGCCUUGGGCCUGGAGGGAGAAUCACCGCCGGCCUGAAAUUAAGUUUCUGGCACCUAAAAAGAUACCAGCACACACGACUGGUCACGAAAAUAAACACUUCAUUGCACGUAGCUAACUCAGCUCCUGACUUCGCGCCUCCUCCUCCUCCUGAACUGGAGGGUACAUUAGAAGGUCUAAGCCUAGACGACGGCGACGAGGAACGCGGCGUGGAAGUCGGGAAGCCUGUAACGUUCAGCGUGGACGCCGCGGGCGCUGGAGAAGGCACUUUAGAACUGGUCGUCUCCACACCCUCUACCACUGUGAAAGCUGAGGUGGUGGCAGUAGCACGCGGUCUGUAUGACGUGACGUUCGUGCCGGUGUCGCGCGAACCUCAUCGCGUCUCCGUCACGUUCAACGAACAACCCGUGCCUGGCAGCCCGUUCGUAUGCAGAGUCAGCGAGCCCCAUACUUACGUUCAGAUUGGGGGCGUGGCCACAGUCGAAGUAGACGAGAACAUAACAGACGUAGAAGUGAUCUCCCCGACCGGCACUCGCGUCUCCGAAGCCAAUCUCGAAGACACGGGCCUACUGACGUUCCCUGCUACCAGAGUGGGAAGGUAUUUAGUGAAGAGUUCCAGAGGGCCUGUGGCUGACGUGGAAGCUUUGGAUGCGUCCGCUGUCAAAGUGUUGUCUAUAGGAGACGCUGUCGCGCAUCGGCCUGCUAUACUUACUGUGAGCACCAGCGGCGCGGGCAACGGCCGCUUAUCCGGGCGGGUUACGUGCGGCGGCGCGGCGGUACCGCACUCGGUGCGGCGUCGCGGCGGCGCGCGGCAGGAACUAGUCUGGCAUCCGGCAAGGGCGGCGCCGCACCGCCUCACAUUGCUGUGGAGCGGCGCGCCCGUCGCCCGUGAGCCCAUGCUACUGGACGCGCUGCCCCCGCAGCAUGGACAGGAGUCUCUUCAAAGGUGCCAAGUAGACUACAGGUAUGUUGAGGUAUUAAGUUACCUUUACGAAAACGCCACUAUAUCAGUCCGAUUACAGAACCAGCGCUCUAAUCCUAUCCAACUGCAGCGAGGCGUGAGACAGAGAGAUGAGAUAUCUCCGAAACUGUUCACAGCAGCAUUGGAGGAUAUUUUCAUGCUUCUGGAUUGGAAACGACGAGGCAUUAACAUUAAUGGCGAGUACCUUUCGCACCUUCGUUUCGCCGACGAUGUAGUUCUUAUGGCUGAAACCUUGGAAGAUCUUAACACGAUGCUCGAAGAUCUUAGUAGAGCUUCCCAUAACGAGAUAUGA